ACGCCACUGCUACUCACAUCUGUGUGGGUUUCUUCAGUUGCUGGGAAAUGAGCUGGACAGUCAAUCUCACACUGCACCACGGAGAUUCCACGAGGGCUCGGAAAGUCCACCAUGACUCCCCCACCCCUAGGGGAGCCUGGUCGUGCUGGAAGGAAACCCUCGCUUAGAUACCCACAGAAACACGCCCCUCCAACGCCCUCGGGGCUGGCUCCUCUCCACACUCCUCCUUGUCACACUCCGUCCUCCUUCCGACCUGUCUGGUCCUCCAUCCUCUUUCCUCUCGCCUAGUUGGAGAGACCCCCCGGGAGAACAGGAUCAGUGUGGGGUCCUUCUCCUUUUCCCCCGUCCCACCUGGGGCUGAGUUGCUGAUCUGACGGAAAACAAAAGAAAGAGACGAGGAGGAAAAAAUACUCGGGGAUCGACUACUUCUUGACCUCUAUGGGGCUAUAGGGAAGUCGCCAUCCCAUCUUAGCAAGCGCGCUCCGCCUAGUCCUCUCAGAGGAGGCGUAUCGCGGGAGAGUUGCGGGGUUGGGGGAAGGGACAGGGUGGCCCUGUCAAGGUGCCCAACUGUGGCACCUCGUGGGGAGUCAGUCUCUAGUCUGGCAGAGGGCCUGGCAAGUAGAGCCGCACCCAGAAGUGCCAAGAUCCCGAGAGCGCAGCGGGAGAACACACUUUUCUAGGCAACAGGUUUCCUACUCGCCCUCUGCAUCCAACUUGGAGGGGCGCCUGAGAAGACAGAGAAAAGGCAGCGAUUUCAAUUCCCGGCAAGAUGAAAGACCGACUCCCAGAGUUGCUGGAAUUAUCCCAGCAAUAUGACCAACGGUUUCCUGAUGAAGCUAAUGAAAGGAAUGGUUCCCAGGAGAACAUUAUAUUUGAGACAGAUCACAUCCUGGAAUCAUUGUACAAAGAUAUCCAAGACAUCCAGACAGAGAAUCACCUGUUAAUUGUGGAUGUCAAACGCUUGGGCAAGCAGAACCUCCGCUUCCUCACCUCCAUGCGCCGCCUCAGUAGCAUUAAGCGGGACACCAACUCCAUUGCCAAGGAUAUCAAAACCAGGGGAGAAGCCAUCCAUAAGAAGCUCCAGAUGAUGAAAACUUUCUGUGAGGUAGCAGAGCUGAAGCAUGGCGCUAAUUCCGCCAUGGCCCGAAUCUCCAAGGCCCAGUACAAUGUUCUCACUUGGACUUUCCAGCAGGCCAUGCAUGACUACAACCAAGUUGAGAUGAACCAGAGAGAGAACUGCAAGAUCCGGAUCCAGCGCCAGUUGGAGAUCAUGGGCAAAGAUGUCUCCAGAGCUCAGAUAGAAGAGAUGUGCGAAGAAGGCAAGUGGGAUGUUUUCUCAGAGAACCUCCUGUCGGAUGUGAAAGGGGCCAGGUCAGCCCUGAAUGAGAUCGAGAGCCGGCACAAGGAGCUAAUGAAACUGGAAAGCCGCAUCAGGGAUGUAUAUGGUCUUUUUCUCCAGAUGGCUGUGCUCGUGGAGGAGCAGGGGGAAACCCUGAAUGUCAUAGAGCUAAACGUGGAAAAGACCCAGAGUUACACAGGAGAGGCAAAAGCUUAUGUAAAGAAAGCAGUGGAGUACAAGAAGAAGAAUCCUUGCUGGACACUUUGCUGUUGCUGCUGUCGGUGCUGCAACUGAGACAGAAGCGACUGGAACCCCUGGGGUCUCUAUCACCACCAUCUGACUGUGACUAGAAUAUGCUGAAUGAACACAUUUUGAUCAAAAAUUUUUAAAUGACAAGGUCCGGAAUAAAAGUGAGUUUGACCUUCGUCACAGAACCUCAGAGAUGGUCUUUGUAUCUCUCAAAAGGAAGCAGCAGCAGCAGCAGCAGCAGCAGCAGACAGUUGGGCUAAAAUAUUCAAUUCCUCCUACUUUACAAGAUACAUCAGUAAAAAAACAAGAUUUGCUAUAAUACGAAUUCAUAUUAGCUCUGUCUAUAGUGUAUCCAAAAUGCUUUCAUUCUUAUCAUGGAAAAUAUAGAUGGAGGCAGCUAGGUGGCUCAAUGUAUUGAGAAUCAGACCUGGACAUGAGAGAGUCUGGGUUCAAAUCUGACCUCAGACAUUUCCUACCUGUGUGACCCUGGGCAAGUCACUUAACUGCCAUUGCCUACCUAGUCCUUACCACUCUUCUACCUGGAACCAAUACACAGUAUUGAUUCUAAGACAGAAGGUAAGGGUUUAAAAAAAAUGCAGAUAGAAAUAGUAACCCUAUUCCUGGAAAGUUAGUAUUAUAAGCAUCUUUCUCAGCAGGGGAAAGUCCAAUUAUGGGUCCACUAAAAUUAUGAAGUUUCUUAGUUACUUGAUCAUGGUUAAGUAGGCUGAUUCAUAGUAUAGCAGCAGAACUGGAAAUUUAUUAAAUUAUUUCCUCACAGAACUAGAUCCUAGAAUUCUCCUGGGACCUGUUCCUUAAGAAUUUAAUUCACUUGGAAACAAAGAAAAUGUAAAUUUGCUUGUUUUUUCUCCCUUGUUGAAUCCAUUUUUUGUUUGUUUUUUAUUUUUUAAGGUCACAACCCAGAGAAUCUCAUGACCUAGUCUUUAAAAUUGUAUUAAACACUCACUAGUUCCCAGUCUCCAUUCUGAUAAAAACAUUAUGGGGACAGUUUUCAAAUAUUCUUAAACACUGAAGACUGAAUAGGUACAAAGGUACUUGGAUACAGCACCUAUGUUUUUAGAUAUCUAUAUAUAUCACAAAAACACAAAAUUCACUUUUUGACUUGUCAAUUUUAUGCAAACAUGAAUAUCCUGGCACAUACAGGAGUAGACAUUAGUAUUCACUUUUGUUUGUAUGAAAGUGCUAAGCCAGCUCACAUUCCUAUAGAUUUAUGAAUACCCCUUAUUAAAAAGAAAUUCUAGGUAAAGCCCAGUACUCUAAGAAGGCCUCUCAUUCCCAUACCUCUCCUGGUUGUGGGUUUGUUUUUCUUAAAUCCCUUCUCUAUCCUGUAAAACCUAGAAAAAAAAUUCAUUUUGGUGCUUUUUGUACCAAUUCCAUAUGGCAAAAAUAGCAGGAAACAGCCAGAAAGAUAUACAGAACAAAAUACAUCAGUAUUAAUUCAAGAAUGUCUUGGGACAAAUGACAAGUGAUUAGCCACAGCAUUAGCCUAGAAGUGAGGGCUCCUGAGGGCUUAGAUCUUGCUCUGCCACUUCAGUAUCUAUAUGACAUACAUCAAGGUACUUUACUUCUCUUAGCUUCAGUAACCUCAUCUGUAAGAUAAUUGGUUCUAUAAUAUUUGAAAAUCAUGGCUACAAAAGUAAAAUUAUUAUCUAUUAUUAGAAUUUAAUAAGGACAAUCAAGACCUACAUGAUCUUUUAAGUACUUGCUAUCUGUUAGAUUUUAUUCAUUUAACUUAUUAAUACUAUUUCAUGUGAGCCAUUCUUUCUUAGAAUUUUGAACUAUGUGUACAAUGCAAAUAUUUAGGAAUUCAAGGUACCUUAAAGUAAAACUAUUUACUAAUCUUUUUUCAUGGGCCAUCUUUGUAAGUAAUAAUUACAGUUUUCUCCUAUAUUGUUAUGUCACAUCUUUUUAAACCUUGGCCUUAUAUAAUUUUAUCUAUUAUUAUAAAUGAAAAUUUGCUGAGUUAGACUGUGUCCAGGAGGAAGCUAUCAGGGAAAAAAAUCAUACUGAAAACUGAAAGUAUUUCAUAGGAGAAUACCUUGUCUCUUGUCAGCUUUGUGAUGGCUUGGAAUAUAAAACUUAUACCAGGGACCAAAAUCAUCAGGUCACAGAAAUUGCACUACUCACGUUAACCAUCUGCCCUGACCUCUUACCAAUCAAUCUCAUGGCUUUCUGCAGCUCCCUGCCAAACCAGGUCAACGAUAAAUCAUUCAGUUCUCUAACAAAUAGAUUCUUGGGAAAACUCAGAUUAAAAAUGGAUAAAAAGAUAAAGCAGAGUACCUAUUUAGUUCCAAUAACUGAUUUUUUUUUGAGCAUUGUGCCAUUGCAGACCAGAAUACUUUAUUAUUUUAAUGGUUAAUCUAAGGAGAAACUUUAGACUUUAAACCCCCAUCAGUCUUCUCUCCACAGUCAUUAUAUUUAUCUGGGUUCAAAUUUCAGAUCUGCUACUUUCUGCCUGUUCGAUCCUGAGAAAAACUCAGGCUAACCCCUCUGGACCCCACUUUCCUUAUUUGUAAAACAAGGGAGUAGGACUAGAUGUAGAUUCUUCCGACUCUAAAUCUCUUUAGUAACUGGACUACUUCUAGCUUAAGACUGUAAAUUAAGAGUUAUUCGAUUUUCAUUCCCUUUUCCUUUUUUGUAUAUAUGUAUUUUAUGCAAAAUUUGUAUGAAAACCUAAUGAAAAGUAAACUAUUUAUAUCACUCCAUGCAUUGUUCCAACCUUUGUUUAUGUCACUACUUGUAGUUUUGCAUAGUUGUAAUUAGUGUAUAUAGUUCUGUUUUUUCCACUUAACAUUAUUUCAUUUAUCUUUCCAUACAUAUAGUUUAUAUACUUGUCAUUUUUAUAGCUACAUAAUAUUCCAGAGUAUCAAUAUGCCAUAGUUUGCUAAUCUGCUGCCUUAAUCGAAAGCAUUUGGGUUGUUUAUGAUUCUUUAUGCUUAUAAAUAACAUUACUAUAAACAUUUUUGUGUAAAUUAUUUUUUCUUUAAGACUAUUUCCUUUAUUAAAGUUGUACUUUGAUAACUCA